AAUAUCUUCUUUCUUCUUCUUCUUCUUAAAACAAGAUAUAACUUGAAAGCCUCUCUUAUCUCUUCCAGAGAGAGCGGGGGAAAAAAAUGCAGGCCUCAAUGUGUAUGACAACUUUACCGUCUUCUUCUCACUCACUUCUUAAACCAAGUCACAAUCCUCUUAUUAGCCAUACUUUGUCUUCUUUUUCUUCUUCUUCUUCUUCAAGAAGAAAAGCGUCUUAUUUAACCACCAGAGCACUUCUAUCAACUUCAAAAGAACUGGUCUUGAGAGAGUUUCAUGAACGCAAAGCUCUCAAGAUUAUCUCAGGCUUGCAGAAUUUUGAUAAGGAAAAUGUUGCCUCAGUUGUGACUGCUGCAGACAAGGGAGGAGCAACUCAUGUGGAUAUAGCUUGUGAUCCAGAAUUGGUGAAACUUGCAACUAGUUUAACUUCUCUUCCUGUCUGCGUUUCUUCGGUAGACCCAGCUGCAUUUCCGGCUGCUGUCGAAGCUGGAGCAAUGAUGGUUGAGAUUGGAAAUUAUGAUUCAUUUUAUGAGAGAGGCGUUAUUUUCUCGCCAGAGCAGAUAUUGAAUCUAACAAAGGAGACCAAGAGGAUCCUUCCAUCCGUGACCUUAUCGGUCACUGUGCCUCAUACGCUAAGCCUCCCUGAUCAGGUCAAGCUUGCUGAGCUUCUGGAGCAGGAAGGUGUUGACCUCAUUCAAACUGAAGGAGGAAAAUGCUCUAACCCUUCAAAAUCCGGCAUCCUUGGUUUGAUCGAGAAGGCAACACCAACACUGGCAGCAGCGUAUUCCAUCUCGCGGGCUGUCAAGAUUCCUGUCAUGUGUUCGUCUGGACUAAGCGCUGUCACGGCACCAAUGGCCAUCACAGCUGGAGCUGCCGGUGUGGGGGUUGGAUCAGUCAUAAACAAGCUUAACGACGUUGUUGCGAUGAUUGCCGAGGUCAAGAGCAUUUCCAAUUCAUUAACGUCAGCUGAGAGGCGGGCUGCAACUGAAGAACAGAGUGUAAAAGUGUAACUCUAUGUUUCUUGUUUAUUAGAAAGGCUCGCUAGUUUUGGACUUCAGAGCGGAAAGUUAAAUGUAAGUUUUGGACCCCUAGGUUACAACCAGCAAAAUCCAUAAUUUUGUACUGGGAUUAUAAAUUUAUGGACUUAGAAGUCAAUAAAGGCGCAGAGCAGAUUUCUCAUCA